CAAAGGAAAUGACUUAUCUUGACUUUUCUGUAUUUUGUGUUUUAAUAGUUAAUUGAAUUCCACCUUCGAUUAUCUUAAGAUAAUGAUUACUAAUUGACACCCUUUCGAGUAAUGAUAUAAACUAAUUGUGUAAUGAUCACCGUUAAUUUAGCUGCCCAAGGAGGGACUGAUACAAGGGAAUUAGCUCUCGUACAUUUGUGCACUCAGUUGUAUCACUUUAACGACGUUUGCUUUGAGCUUUUCUGGUUGACGCCUGCUUGUAAAGCUUUUGGUAUCAACUUAAUAAGCUCUGAAUGCGUAUUCAAACAAGAGAAGCCCUGCAACUGUCAAUCAGCUAAUCGACGUACUGUAGCCGUAACAAAGAACACAAAUAAGUUAGCCAUCUGCUUCGAAGACAUUUCAAGCAAUCCGCACAUCUGCGAAGGCAGAAGCACUCACCUAAAGGAAACACCAACAUCAUGUUUUACCAAGACCCUUUCCUGCUCUACCAACAACCGCCAUUUUGUCACGGUAGUUCGAGUGCAAGAAAUGCGCCAAGCCGUUCUUCUUUCAGGAUCGACGACAUUUUGGUCCCACGUCAACCUUUCCUUGUCCCUAAACAGCCAAGUUUUCAGGAGCUUAGAUCUUCUGUUCCAAACAACAACCCGUUAAAAUUUGGUAUGCACUCGAUUCUCACACAAAGGCAGCGAGAGGAAGUUCCAAUGUUUCAAGAUCCAAGUCCUGAAGUUUUAAGCCAACUGCCAGUGUACUUCCGCGUAAAGCCAACUUUGCGGACACCGAGUGGACGAAGAUGUCGCAAGUCGCGCACGGUUUUCACAGAUCUGCAGCUCCGUGUUUUAGAGAAAACAUUCGCGGAGCAAAAGUAUUUAGACACGUCGAACCGCGCAAAGCUUGCGCAAACGUUGGGAUUGAACGAGACGCAAGUAAAGACAUGGUUUCAAAACAGAAGGAUGAAGUGGAAGAAGGAAUCAGUUCCAGCAAAUAACCAAGAAUCCUCAACAAGUAGAAACGAAGACUCAAAUGCACCAGGAGACGAAAAAUCCGAUGAAAUCGUCACAGAGACCGGAAAAGCCUCCAUGGACAAAAAGGUAGAAUGAACAGCAAAGACAAAACUUGGAAUUAAACUUUGUAAAUAUCCGCGAGAAAUAUCAAUUUCAAUUCUAUUAGAGUCAAGACGGACAACUAUGAUAUUGGAAUUUAAUAUGUUUCUUACCGAAUCUCAUAACUAUGAAUUUAUCAAAAUUUAAAACCACGGAAGAAAGUCAAGGUAGCUGCUCACGCAGAAAUAUAAUUUUCCAAAACCAGGAACUUACAUGUAUAGCAUGGACAGUUUAUUUUGAAUGUACUUGUAACUAACUGAUGUAAAUAAUACCUUGUCCCGGUGUAAAAAUUUUGCAUGGUUCUAUUCUAUUUCGCGUCCGCCGCUUGUCUUUUCUCUUAAUUCUCAAUGAAAUAAUAUUAAGACAUGGGAAACAGGUAUUCCGAUCUUGACUGUUUCAAUUUUGACUUCAGCGAGGUCAAUACAGAGAUUAGAGAAGCUUGUGAGCA